CACAACCAAUUCCACAACCAAACCACCCAGCGACCACUUUCAUGCCGCAUAUAAACAGCAGCCACUUCACAUUCAGUUUCUUCCAGCCUAGCCUCCCAUUUAUUUCUUGACUUGACAAAACUGACUUCCAGAAUAGGCAGGUGAGCGGCCACGGUCGGAUUUAAACCCCAACCACACGAGCACAUUGGGGUUUAGUCGUCGUACGCGUCUUCCGAUAUUCUCGAGCAAUCUUCAGAGAGGUUCAACAUAUCUCAACCCCUGGAGCUGGAACAACGAGGUCCACAUGCUCUACAUCGACCGGCCCGUGCAGACUAGCUUCUCCUACGACGUCCAAACCAACGUGACGAUACAACUGGAUAUCGAAGACCCGUCCGAGCCCGUCAUUACGCCCACCAACCUCACCGACGGCGAGAUCGCCCCGACCAACAACACGUUCUGAAUCGGAACCAUGGGGAGCCAAAAGAUAUUGCAGACCACCAACACCACGGAGCGGUCCGCCCACGCCACGUGGCACUUCCUGCAGACGUGGCUGUUCGAGUUCCCGCACUACCGGCCAGGUGACGGCAGGAGUAGCGAACAGAACGAGCGGAUCGCCAACGGCAGCCUGUCUCACUCGGGAGUGCACCCCCUGCACCUCGACACGCUGGGCAUCAUCAACGGUGCCAUCGACUGGUCCAUCCUAACCGAAGCCUGCUUCGACUUCCCCUACAACAACGCUGGGCAUGAGGUGCCGGCGUAUCAGCCGCGGGCGGCGUACGAGGUGUUUCGGCGGCCCAUGGGCGGGCGGAUGGGAUGUGCCGACUACCCGAAGUGCUACGUGCUGCAGCCGGGGAACUGUGAGCCUGGGGUGUGGCAGACGGUAGUGAACGGGGCGGCCGUGGUGAAGGAUUGGUUUGUUGUCGAGGCGGAUACGCUGGAUGGGCCGAAGGGGGACUUGGAGGGUGAUGAGCUGUGA